UCUGAAUAGUCCAUUCAAAUAAUGCUGGGCUCUGAUUGGAAGGAACCAUAUCCCUGCCUAACACUACUCUCAGUAUAUCUUAGUGCAAAACUGCUCAGAUAUUCUUGGUGCAGGGUUGGUAAUCUGUAGGCCUUCCCUUUGUCAGGUUAUGCACAGUUAACCAAGCAGCUAAUGGAUUUGGCUGGGGGCCAUGUGGUCAUGGCACUUGAAGGAGGGUACAGUUUGCCAUCCCUGUGUGAUGCAGCCGAGGCGUGUGUGAAGGCUUUGUUAGGGGAAAAGGUCCCUGAGCUUUCUAAGGAGAGUAUCAAACGGGCUCCAAAUCCAAAUGCUGUUGCUGUCCUUGAGAAGACCAUAACUAUUCAAGGUAGAUACUGGAACAAUGUAAAGCGGGCCGCCACACAGAUCUGUCAGUCAUUAGUACAAGCUCAGCAGCGAGAGAAAGAAGAGGCAGACACUGUGACUGCGCUGGCGUCGCUUUCUAUGGGAGUUGUACAAGAAUCUGACAAAAGUAUCCACGAUGAAUCCAUGGAAGAGGAACAAGUUGAGACAUGAGAGAUAAGAAUAAUUUUAGAUAGAAUAGCUUACAGCAGAAUUUUGUUUCUGUGCAUAAAGAUUUACCUCAGAGACUCGUGCGAAUUUAAGUGAAGUGUAGGUAUAAAUGUUAGGCGACUGCUGAUCCAGACAGAGGAACAUUUCGCCUUUUACUGCUGAUAGUGGAGCCAUCUUUAUGGUUCCUCUAAUCGAUUCAGCUUCCAAUUUAGUCAGAAUUUACCAUAAACACAGGCUUCAUGUAGUUGGGUGUGUACUGUCCCGUCCAACUCUGGUACACACUGUGCAAUGUGGUUAAAGGAGCUACGCCAUGGAAGCCCUAUCUUGGAAAAUGUAGCCUGAAUUUUUCAAGUUCGUUGUUUAUAAUUCGUCUCAUUGUCGCCCAAUAUCAACCAUCUGUUUUCCUUUUGGUUUAACGUUACUAGGUUCGAUUAGCAGCCGCUGUUCGGGAAAGGAGCUCGCGCUCGUCCCCCCUCCCUCUCCCCCGACAGAGGAAGGUUGACCAGACUCGAGAGAGCAGCGGAAAUCGAGCAUAUAACAUUUUUCUGUUUGGUGUUUCUCUACAUUGUUAGACUCGGUUGCUUUGAGCGUUCGUUCGUGACAUGGCUCCGUCGAAUUCGAGCUUUAUUAGAAUUAAUCAUAACUUAGCUUAAAGAGUUUUUAUUAUUCACAGUAGUCGCGAGUCAUAGGUGUGCAGUGUGUCGGUAAACCUGCCUUGCUUCCAGGGAGUUUCUAGUCUGCGUUUUCACGCAAUAUUUCCACCCCAACCCCGGCAUCUUUGUAAUUAUUGUAUGUACAUAUAUGUCUAAAGUGGCUGGGUUUUUAAAAACCUCAGUUACUAGAAGAGUUGUCAUUUAAAUUAUGGCUUUUAAAAUGCUACCCCUGCAUAGCAAAUAUAUAACAGGGAGGCACGAAUAUUCUGUAAAUGCUAUAUAUAUAAAAUAUAUAAAAAGAAUACUAAACUUUUUAGCUCAUGUAGAAUGUCAAGGCUUGAAACAAGCCUUGGCAGCUGAGUGUCCAGUGAGGUCAGCCACUAAAUAGUUAACCCCUGUGAACUGGGUCGAGCUAAUUUCGUACCCAGGUCUGACUCUGUUUGACGCGUUUCCGCUCGGCCGUGGGAGAUCUGGGCGUGAGAUUACGGUCGAACAUCGAGAAAUGAUUGGCUCAGAAUUGGGUGGCAGUCGAGAGGGAGCUGUUGAAAUGUCUAGUGCAGUAUGAACAUUGUUGUAGAAUUCAUUGCGACCGAACGAGACUUACUCUGCUUAGAUUCAUCAGAUUCUCACAGGGUGCAGCUCUCACCGUGUCGUUUUCAAAUGUGUGUUGGUGUGUCGUCUGAAAGACAGACCUGUUUAAUUGGUGUGAAGCUCUGUUAGGUCUAAGGUGGCACUUCAUUUUCAUUUGUUUCUCUUCGUACUAUUUUGUCAAAGAGAGAAUGAAGCUACAAGAGAGCAAAAAAUCCUCAUACAUCAGGCCGACAGCCAAAACGCGUUGUUGGCCAGGAAGAGCCCAUCCCCUCAGUUCAUAUUCAAUCGACUUAUCUAUUCAGUCUGAAAGCAGGACAGACCCCAUGCCACGAGGUAAUCUCGUGACAAAGUUUAAAAUAGAAACGAAAAUGAAUUCUGUAGGAUCGCAAAAAGACUCUCCUUGCAUCAUACUCUCUUCAUCAAUAUUGUCAUGCUAUUUUCAUCGCAUUUCCAUUACGUUUGAACUAAAGUUAUCUGUUGCUUAACAGCAGUAGAAAAUUUCCUGAUUGGCACUUCUAAAGCGCCAGUGAAGAAAAAUGGUUUUAUUUUAUUUUUUUAUUCUUUGUUUUGAAGCGCAAGGGUUUUUUCCUUGGGAUUUUAACAGAUGUUGAACCAGUGUUUUCAUCUCAAGAAAUUAGAGGUUUGUUGAAACUUCCGAGGGUUUCAACUUGUUAUCAGCUAUGAUCCCGUGUCGACACUCUCUAUAAGGGUGCCGGAUGGCAGAAAAACGCCUCUAUACUAAUUCACAUCUCAAAAAGAAGAAUAGAACACAUUGCUUCAUGCGUCGUUCUUUAAAGCACUGAAUCAAUUUUUCGCAAUCCCGCGCCUCGCUUCGAUGGAUUCAUUCAGACUCCUGCGUGCAUUCUGCAGGAAAACAAAGCACCUUGGUUCGACACCUGAUGUGGUGAGCUUUCCUCUUUAGAGCAUUUCUAAACGUAAAACAGUGUGUCUUAAGGACGUUCGCGCGAUAAUCGUCUAACAUUGAGGUAAUUCAAACUUUUAACGCGGCUAGGUAGUGAGUUACUUGAGUCAGAAGUGCAGCGAAGAAUGUGUGUCAGCGACUCCGUUUCAGAGGUAAAGCGUGUGAAAAAUACUUUAGAAAUUCAACAUGGUCUCCAGGGUUUUUAGCUGAAAACGCUGUGUAGAAGUGGCUUCAUAACGUUUCCAGUUCCAAAUGUUGCCAUCCUUUUUCUAAAACUAACCCUUAAAAGAGCAUUUGAAGCCAUCGUGCACUUUAAACGAAGUGCUCAAAAGAGCAUAAUUCAAUAUUGGUUGGGCUAAAAAUGUCAAUCUUUCGAUAGAUUAUUUCAUUUUUUCGCACAACAUAGGAAAACGAUGGGUCACCUACGCGCAGGAUGGCCUAAUCCACGCAAUAGUUUUAUCACUUAUCGCGUGCUCGAUGCAUGACGUGUGAAUUGCGGGGUGCGCAUUAAGAAUGCGCACAAACAAACAGCGCGAACGUCCUUGAAAUGCGCACCGAGAAAGAAAAUAGGACCUGGAAGUAAUGUCCAAAUUUUUCGGUUUCUUUACGAGUCUUUUAACCUUGUCUUGCUUCUGAGUGGACUCUCAAUCUUUGGAAGAAUUUCAUUCUAGAUAUAAAUGCGAUGACUUUCAACGACUAGCGUCACAAGCGAAUGUAUUUUCAAAUUUGAAAAAGAAAACAACAAAUGUUAAUAAAUUCUCUAUACGUAA